AUGAAUCGAAUGCUUCAUACGCAAUCAGAACCGCAGACGUCGUUUGGGUCAUCAUCUCAACAUAUGCAACAACAGAGACAACAACAACAACAGCAACAUAAUCCUCAUCAGAAUCAACAUCAACAACUCAUAAAUCAUAUACUUCACGCCACGUAUGCCGAUGGAAAUGGAGCAGGAUUUCUGAAUCCAGCUCAGCAGAAGUUUGAUUUCCUUCCGAAUCUUCAAGGACAUCCGCCUCAUUUAAUGCAAAACGGAGGCGGACUCAAUGGAAAUCAACAGAGAAAUGGAGGAAACCAACCGAAUGGCGGCGGAACGAAUAAUGGAGUGAAUACGCCGAAAAAGAAUAAGAAGGGACAAGGACCCGGAAGGAGGCCUGCUCUUGAUGCUAAUGGAAUGCCAAAAGAGCGUCCAUUCGUGUGUCCCCGUUCGGAUUGUCAAAAGAGAUUCUGUCGAAAUGAUCAUUUACAAAGACAUAUGAGAAUUCAUACGGGACAACGACUAUUUCAGUGUCGAACGUGUCUCCGUUCGUUCUCUCGUUCUGAUCAUUUGGCAAAACACGAGAGAACUCAUUCAGCCGAUAAACCGUAUAGUUGUUUGACGUGUGCACGACGAUUUCAUAAACACGAGGAAAAGAAGAAGCAUGAGGAGAAAUGUCAGCAUAAAUCAGAAGAACAACAAGGCGCCGGUGGAAAUCGUCAACAAUUGAAUGUGAUGGGCGGUGGAGCGCAUAUGUAUCAGAAUCCGCAACAGAAUCCAUCCACUCAAUCAUCUCAAUUCACAUCAUCAUCAUCAGCUCAUUUCAAUCGUAUUGUAGAUGAUAUUGAACGCUUCAAUGCAAUCGCCGAACUCCAACAACUUGAUGAUGAUACAAUCGACGACGACGGCUCCAUUUAA